AGAAAACUCGGAAUCUCGCCAUGAUCUUCACCCAGAAGAAGAAUACUCAACUCGCAAGUUGCUGUUGUUCUGCGCGGUCUCGAGUUUCCAGCUGUGAUCGCUCCGCCAGUACAUGAAUUAGCACCGAGCUACAGGGCCACUCCGUACUGUCCACCAAUCCACAAUCACGCCAAAGCCCAACCCUCCCCCAGAGACGUACCACAUUGUAUAACAAUGACAAGCACAACAGCUCAGCAGCAACAACAACAACAACAGGAGGCUACAACCUUCCGACAACCCCCCUACAACCCCAUCAUCAACGCUGCAAACGCCCGCCCCGUGCUAGCAAACGAACAACCCCCGACAAACCCGCACAUCUUCCUCGCCCGCCCCUGGUUCGGCGCCCUCCUCUUCGAGAACGUCACCUCGGACGCGCGCGAUCACUGCGCCAACGAACGCACCUUCCUCUCGUGGCUCCGCCUGGCCAUGUACCUGGGCGUCGUCGCCAUCGCGAUCAUCAUCUCGUUUCACUUCCAGACGCCGCCCACGGGGCUCGAGCGCCGCAUGGCCCUGCCGCUGGGGAUUGUGUUCUGGCUGCUCAGCCUGACAUGUCUCGUCACGGGAUUCGCGAACUACAUCCGCACGGUGCGCAAGUACAGCCAGCAGGCGGCGCUCGUGCAGAGCGGGUGGAAGACCCAGGUUAUGUUCACCGUCGUGGGUACGGUGAUCCUCGCGAGUUGUGUUCUGUUUCUGGCGACGGACGCGAAGACGCGGUCUAGGUGAUUUGCUCCCAGCCUGCUGGGCGCAGAGCCUUGCGGGUAUGCCGUGGAUCAUGGGGAAAGGGGAU